AUGUAGCUCAUGUAAACAACCUUUUUUAUUUGCCUUAGAUUUUUGGUUUGAAUUCUUUCUCAUUUAGUACUUUAGCGUAAUUGGUCUAAGCUGUAGGUUGCUCCCAACCUAACUUCGUUUUUGUUUUUCCCACGAGAUAGAAGUGUUAUACUCGGCCUUUACGACUUAAGGCAGUUAAAUCAAUUUCGACAAAUUAAUCAUGGCUAAAUCAAAUAGACCUCGUGUCUGUAUUAUUGGUGCUGGGAUUGCUGGUCUUACUUCUGCAAAAUAUUUAAAAGAUGAAGGAAUAGACUUUACGGUACUAGAAUGUUCAUACUACGUAGGUGGUAUGUGGAGAUAUGACUCAUGGAGAACUUAUGACGAAUUUGACUCAAUAUUGCACACGGCUAUGAUUUUUGAUUUAAGACGACGCCCAAACCUGGAUCAUCAUCAUUAACUCACUAUACAUCCCCACUGAGGGGCUCCUGGGCCCCCCCUAAGUUAGAGGUGACUAGGCGAUAGUCAACCAUGCUGCCCUAAUAUGGGUUGGUUACUACCAAACCUGGAUUGGACCUUGUCUGUAAAACUUUUCGAAAAUACCUUCCUGUCAACAAGCUAUGGAAAAAAGCAUCUAGAAUAUCAAAAUAAGCCAAAAAAAUUAUAGUCAUACCAUAAAAUUAAGAACAAAGUUAACAGCUGCAGUACAGCAAGCGCAGCACCUUAAAUAUAAAUGGGCGGGACAUGUGAUGCUCACCCGAUGAUUCCCGGUGGAUGAAGCGAGUUACAUUAUUGCCUGAUCUGGGAAGAGGCAAGAGAAAAAGAGAAGGAAUCUAACACUUUAAUGAUUAACAAAGUUAACUUUGGGAUUAACUGUUCCACCUGUGGUUAUGUGUAGAUUUUGGUGAGAAUCCAAUGUAACACAGAUCAAUUGCAGAUAAUUAAGUCAAAAAUUUGAAACAUGAUUAUUAAUAUAGGCAUUAUACAUAACCAUCUAUUUUCAUAUUUUAAAUAUAGUACAUUUUUUUAAAAUAUAAUAUAAUAAUAGAACAUA